AUGCUCAAGGCCCCGGCAACCAAGUGGAACGUCUCGACAUCUUUUUCCGUGCAGCUGACAUCAGUGGACGCAACAUUGUUCGAGUACCACCACACUGCGUCUGUGAGGAAUGCGACGGGCGUUACAAAGGUCGACUCGGAUACGGUGUACCGCGUCAUGAGCGUAACGAAAACGUUCAACGUGUUGGCGCUACUGCUGAAUGCGCCGCACAAGCUAGACACGCUGAUUGGGGAGUACGUGCCGGAGCUCAAGGGGUAUGAGCCAUACAAAGAGGUGACUCUGCGGAUGUUGGCGAGCCAGAUGGCAGGCGUGCCAAAAAACGGAUUCGCCUUCGACGAGUUCAUCAACCGCGGGAACGAGCUAGAGAAGGUCGGCUUCCCAAAGCCUGACCCUAAGGAUGUGCCGACUUGUGACAACCUCUUUAUGCCUAUGUGCUCCCGCUCAAAAAUGCUUGAGGUCCUCAAAAGGGAUCAGUUCACUGUCCUGCCCGGCGACAAGGCCGCCUACUCGAACCAAGCCUACAUGCUUCUCGGUUGGGCUAUGGAGAACAUAACAGGCAAACCUUUUGACAGGAUCCUGCACGAUAGUAUCAUUGGUCCGCUGGGCCUCUCGGCUACGGGGUUCCAGGUGCCGGACCUGUCGCGGGGCAUCAUCCCGGCGGGAGUCGGGGCCAAUUUUUUUGCCCUCGACAUCGGCAACUUCAACUACACCGCCGGCCUCUUCUCCACACCUCGGAACCUCACAUCCUACACUCGUGCCAUCCUCAACAGCACGCUCCUCUCUCCCGCGCGCACCCGGAUGUGGCUCAAACCGGCGGCCUUCGCCGGCUCAUACGCCAUGCACGUCGGCGCUCCCUGGGAGAUCUUCCGACUCGCACACCUCACACCGGAUAACCGGCCCAUCGACGUAUACACAAAGUCCGGAUCUAUGCCCGGAUGGACGUCGUACAUCUUCCUCAUCCCUGACUACGAAAUCGGCGGAACCAUCAUGGUGGCGGCGGAAGAGGCGAGCAACCCGAGUAUGAACUUGCUGGAUGUCGUGACUGAAGCGGUGGUGCAUGCCGCGGAUGCGCUGGCGAGGGGACAGGCUGAGAAGGCCUACGCUGGGCGGUACGUCGGGAACGGAAACUCGUCAAGCCUAGAACUCGUCGUGGAUAGUGGGCCCGGCCUGAGGAUCAAGUCAUGGACACUGGCAGGUAAGUCCAUUCUCGCGGCGUUGGCAGACCAGAAGGGGAUCGAGCCUUGCGAACUGGACGCGCGCAUCUAUCCCAUCGAACAUGGACGAUGGCGGGUUGCACAGGAAACGGUCGGAGCCAGUAGCCCGACGCCGUCGAAGCCCAGUGAGGCGUGCAGCAACUGGCUCGCGGUGGACAGUUCACGCUACGGAAGCUUCCCGGUGGAUGAAUUCGACUUUGAGGUAUCGCAGGAUGGGGUCGUCAAGAGCGUGUCGAACACGGGCCUGCGUUCGACACUGGUUAAGGCAUAG